GUCACAUCGGUAUUCAAGGGGUUGGUGGGUUCAAGAAAUAUAUAGCGCGCCUGAAAGUUGAAGAAGAGCAACAGCAAGAUGGCUCCAACGGCAUCAGAAGUCGUCGGAAAGUUAAACCUGAAACCACAUCCAGAAGGUGGUUUUUUCUCGGAGACAUUCAGAGACACUUCCAUUACCCUUUCCACUUCUCAACUUCCCCCUGAAUAUAAAGUUGAUCGUCCCAUCAGUACAGCGAUAUACUUCUUACUUCCAUCUGGGAGCGUCUCACAUCUCCAUCGUAUCCCAAGUGCAGAAACAUGGCACUUCUAUUUAGGCGAACCUCUCACGAUACUGGAAAUAGAUGAGAAAGAUGGGAGUUUAAAGUUAACAUGCAUCGGACAAGAUAUUGGUGAAAACCAACUGUUGCAGUAUACUGUCCCACCAAAUGUGUGGUUUGGAGCGUUUCCUACAAAAGAUUAUGAGAUAUCAUCAUCAACAGAUAAUGUUGUUGUGAAGAAUCCACCCAGAGAUGCAGAGGAACAUUUUUCUCUUGUGGGGUGCACUGUUGCACCUGCGUUCCAGUUUGAGGACUUUGUGUUAGCUAAACGUUCUGACCUUGUUUCUCGUUUUCCUUCUCAUGAAUCCCUCAUCACUUUGAUUGCAUUUGAAGAUUAGGAUGAUGUGAUUCCAUUCCAUGUAGUUUUUGCAUGAUUCGGUAAAUUGGUUGUUGUCGAUGACACCAUGUAUUUGAGUACGAUUUUGUUUGAGAUUUCCUCUUUCUUUUCAAGUUUUUAUGAAAUCUGUAUGUUGUUUGUGUUAUGUGGUAUUAUGAAUAACGAGUUAUCUAUGGUUGAAUCGUGUAAUAUGUCUUUUAAAAUGUG